AAAGGGAGGGGUCAGUGAUCCUGUUAAUAAAGCUAAUAAGAGGUGAGAGAAUGGAUUCUGAGGUGUUGAAAUGAUUCGUAUUGUGAUACAAGGCGACAGCCAGAGCUCUGGAGUUAAAGAACUACAGCUCCCAGCAUCCCUCACCAUGGCCGCGGAAGCAGAGGCAUGCUGGGAGCUGUAGUCCUAUAGCCAGGGCUGUCCCGAUUCACAAUACAAUAAGUACCGCAGCUAGAAUGGCAUCGCAGGUCGCUGAUAGCUCAGUUUUAAAUGGCUUUUAAAUUUAAAUUUUAUAAUUAAAUUUGAUCUUCUACAGACACUCCUUUUGCCGAUCCUUCUAACAAUGGCUGAUCAAGGAGAAGGAGUUCAAAGACAAAACAAGAUGUCUUCAUCUCGAAAACUACAGCUGAAGCGCCUGGCCCUCGCUGUUGCUCAGUCGUUGAGGGUGGAGCAGGAAGUGAUGCGGAGCCGGGAGAGGGAGCGCUUCCUGCAGGAGAGUUGUCAGCCGCUGGAGACACAGGGACUGGAAACAAGUGAAAUACAGGUGAGUAUCCCACUGCUACCACCAGUAUACUAUCUGUCUGUCAGUGUGUGUGUGACAGGAAGUUGGUUUGUACAUAAUACACUUUCUAAA